UGUCCGUAUGUGCGUCUGGCUGUGAUGGACGAGGCGGAUGACGGUGAGGAGGAGCCCAAAUUCCUGCGCCCUCGACUAGCACGUCAAGUAAGCGAGGAUGGGAGCAGCGGAACCACGAUGAAGAAAUUAACGACAGUAGGCGGAGCCGCGUCCAUUGCGCGCAAAAACUCCAACAACAAUGAGCUGUGGCUCCUGCGAGGCGAGGACUCCGCACCUGUCAGUGGCAGUGGCAUCAGAGCCUGUGCUCUGUUGUGCCAGAGGGCUCCUGCUGACGGCUCACAGUCUGGGGACUCAGUGUCAGAGGCGGGCGUGAGGGGAGAAAGAGCCAUCGGUAUGAUAUGCAACAAAAACGGAGAUUGUAGAAGGGACCCGACCAGCUCAGGGAGCCUCUCCUCCCUGAUCUCAAAGCAGGAAAGGCAGACAUAUGGAGGAGUAGAAGACGAAGACUGUAAGGGGCAGGCUGCAGUCAUGGAUGGCUCCAUCACUUCGGCUGGGUCCUUGACUCAGGGGCCCGGGGCCGAGGUCAAGAGUGCGGCAGCGAUGGAGAAAAAGGACUCCAGAGUUUCCUUCUCCAACACCCCGGCUAGUAAAGGACAGACUCCGAGCCAACACUCGAGAAACUCCGUGACAUUCUCCAAAGCUGACGAUGGUUCUCAGAUUGUGCCGGACGAUGGAGACUCCAGGGGGAAUCAGACGUACAUGCAGCGGCAGUUCAGCUCCAUGCUUCAGCCUGGAGUGAACAAGUUCUCCCUGCGCAUGUUUGGCAGUCAGAAGGCAGUGGAGAAAGAACAAGAGCGCGUGAAGUCAGCGGGUAACUGGAUCAUACACCCAUACAGCGACUUCAGGUUCUACUGGGACUUCAGCAUGCUCAUGUUUAUGGUGGGAAACCUGAUCAUCAUCCCUGUGGGCAUCACCUUCUUCAAGGACGAGACCACCACACCCUGGAUCAUCUUCAACGUGGUCUCUGACACCUUUUUCCUCAUGGACCUGGUGCUGAACUUCAGGACUGGCAUUGUGUUCGAGGACAACACAGAGAUCAUCCUGGACCCUGAGAAGAUUAAGAAGAAGUACCUGAAGACCUGGUUCGUGGUGGACUUUGUCUCCUCCAUACCUGUGGAUUAUAUCUUCCUCAUUGUGGAGAAGGGCAUCGACUCAGAGGUGUACAAGACGGCCCGAGCGCUCCGCAUCGUCCGCUUCACUAAGAUCCUCAGUCUGCUGCGACUGCUGAGGCUGUCCAGACUCAUCCGCUACAUCCACCAAUGGGAGGAGAUCUUCCACAUGACCUAUGACUUGGCCAGUGCUGUGAUGCGAAUUUUCAACCUGAUUGGUAUGAUGCUGCUGCUGUGUCACUGGGAUGGCUGUCUUCAGUUCCUCGUUCCCAUGCUGCAGGACUUCCCCUCUGACUGCUGGGUCUCCCUCAACAAGAUGGUGGUAAUAGCCUGGGGUGUCAAUGCAUCCUGGGCGUUUUGCAAGCAGACGUCACGUCUGUCUGCUGGAAGACAAGCCCCAGAGAGCAUGUCGAUUGUCGGAGCCACCUGCUACGCCAUGUUCAUCGGCCAUGCAACUGCACUCAUCCAGUCUCUGGACUCCUCCAGACGGCAAUACCAAGAAAAGUACAAGCAAGUGGAGCAGUACAUGUCCUUCCACAAACUCCCGGCUGACUUCCGACAGAAAAUCCAUGACUACUAUGAGCACAGAUACCAGGGCAAGAUGUUCGAUGAGGAGAGCAUCCUUGAGGAGCUUAACGAGCCACUGCGCGAGGAGAUCGUCAACUUCAACUGCCGUAAGCUGGUGGCCUCUAUGCCACUGUUUGCCAACGCCGAUCCCAACUUCGUGACGGCCAUGCUGACCAAACUGAGAUUUGAAGUCUUCCAGCCCAGAGACUACAUCGUCAGAGAGGGCACCAUUGGCAAGAAGAUGUACUUCAUCCAGCACGGGUCGGUCACCGUCCUCACCAAAGGAAGCAUCGGCAUGAAGCUAAUGGACGGCUCAUACUUUGGAGAGAUCUGUCUGCUGACCCGUGGCAGACGGACAGCCAGCGUACAAGCAGAUACCUACUGUCGCCUGUACUCGCUCUCUGUGGACAAUUUCAAUGAGGUGCUGGAGGAGUAUCCCAUGAUGAGGAGGGCCUUUGAAACGGUUGCCAUCGACAGAUUGGACAGGAUAGGCAAGAAGAACUCCAUUCUAAUGCACAAAGUUCAACAUGACCUGAACUCAGGUGUCUUCAACAACCGUGAGAAUGAGAUGAUCCAAGAGAUAGUAAAAUAUGAUCGGGAGAUGGUUCAACAAGUUGAUGUACCAAGACAACGGGCCAUGUCCAUGACUCCUUCAGAUUCCUCCAUCCAGCCACCAAAUUCCGCAAUUGCCACUUUGCAGCAGGCUGUGGCCAUGAACUUUUGUCCACCCAUGCAAGGGAACUCGGUAGGAUCAGGUAGCUUGCAGUCUCCUAGGAUGGUUCGGAGAUUUCAGGUAUUGGAAAGUGUAUCCAGCCCUGUCUCAGCCUCUCCUUUGCAGUCUCAGCUCUUUGCUUCCGGUGCCUUUGCUCCAAUCCUGUCCACCCCUCCUUUUCAGAGUCCACUGGCAGUUGGAGGACGAUCAUUCCAGUAUGGAGCUAGUGCCAUGACUGGUCCAACCUCAGGCUCCCAGCUUUCUCUAGUGCAGCAGCACAUUGCCAGCCCUGCACACCGGCCCAGUUCACAUAAGAGUACCCAUUCCUUACAAAUGGACAGUCUGAGCCAAGAUGCUAGGGCACUGUCUGCCUCUCAACCCUCACUGCCUCAUGAGGGGGCACAACUAGGUGCCCUUAGUCCACCCCAAUCCACACGAGUAUCCUCCACUUCCAUUGGACCCACUCAGACCCCAUCAGCUCACACUGGCAUCCGCAGCGCUAUACCACAUAGGGUGGUACUGCCUCACCAGAUGUCCUUCCCUGUAGCGUCUCUGCCUGGUUCUAUGCAGGGUUUUGGGGCUGGUGCAGGACUGGCAGUAGGGGGCUUGGGAACAGGUCUUGGGGACUCGGGGCUACCCAAGAAAGAUUCUGUAGUGAGCCUUCCUGAGACAGAACAUGUCAAAGUUAGAUCCAGGCUAUCUUCAAACUUGUGAUCUUAAUAAAAUUAUUUUGGAGAAGUGACUCAAUCAGGGGCUUGACUGCUGGAGUGGUGAUUUAUGUUAUUUAUCUUACAGUUUUUCUUCUCUGUACCCACUCCAGUUUGACUAUCCGAAUGUAUGAAUGUUGAGUGAGUGGCAGCAAGGAGUAUCUAAAGGGAGACUGUUAUUACAUUAUUAAGUCUGUAUGUUGACUUUUGAAUCUGCAGCUUUGAGAUAAUUCUACUUACAAAGUAAUUGCACAAAUCAGUAGUGAUAGAGUAGCAUCUUCCUUACUCUGACCCCUUUAUGUAGUUUAUUUCACAACAUAGUCAACAACAUGUUGGUACAUAUGCUUCAUUAACCAAUCAUUCUCCUCAUUUUAUGAAAACCUUGGGUCAGAUGGGACUAAAAGAAAAUCAGGGACCUACUUUAGAUACCAGAAGUUGAUACGUGAAUGCAGUUACAUUUUGCUGUGGGAGUUAAUAGUCUCAAAAAGGCGUGGUCAUUUUGGUUGUCUAGAUUAUGUGUUUUUUUUCUUUUGCUGUUUAAGUGUUUCUAUCGACCAAAUGUGUAAGCACAAAAUGUAGUUAUAUUAUCUAAAAUAAGAUAUUAAAUAAUUAAAGAAAAAAUUGUUUCACUUUGUUCCCUCAAAAUUCUAAGCCAUAUUUCCCACUAGACUUUAUAAACUAUAAAUCAAAAUGGUAUUUUUAGAAUCUAGUCUUCCUGUCUUUAAUACCCCCAAAAGAUAAAUACUUCAGCCCACUUGAAAUUAAAGCUGUGGGACAAAUUGUCUGGUUCCAGCCAGGCAUCGAUGUCUUCAGGAGAGGCCUUCAUUUUAAGUCAAAGCUACAGUAAAUUAAACAAUUUUUUAAAUUUCUUAAAAGUGGUUCAAAUAACUGAGGAUGCUUUGUGAUCUCAGAGAAUGAUCACUUUAAUUGUUAUUUUUAUGUAGGUCUAAGCAAAAGCUCACCGUAAUCCCCAGAACAAAAAGGCAAAUUGCCAGACUAACAUAGAUAGGUAGGUACUUUAUUAAUCCUUUGCAGGAAAUUAUAUUGUCACGGCAGCAACUGCAAUCACAGUCAAGACACACAGAAAACUAACAAAUAACAAAAAAAUAUAUAUAUAACAUAGAACUAUAUUCAUUUCACAAGAUCAGAGACAAUUAAAACUGACUUAAGACACUUCCUAUCAACAGCAUAACUGCUAAAGCAAUUGUUUUACAGACUUUAUGUUUAUUCACUGCCCAAACAUUACAAAGAACUUUAUUUGACUCAAAAUCUGAAUCCAUUAAAACCCUCAUAUUCAAAUUAUAAAUCCAUUCUUUGUGUUUCACUAUGCUGGUCAGUAGAUAAUGAGAUUACUGUCAAGUUCAACCCCAACUGUAAAUGCUACAGUUUGAUCAGAAGCCAAGGACAGUGAAGAGACUUUGCAGGAUGUGUAUUGCAGUGUGCCUCUGUCAUUAAAUCUUCUAUAAGAAUUCAUCGAAUGCCAAUAAUUUGUGUCCAAAGCAUUAAGAAGGGAACCUCUUCUCCCAGACCUGACAUUCUCUCGCCUCAUCGCAUUGAAGCCUGAACCAUUACUGGGUAAUGAGAGUGGAAAUUGGAAUCCCUAUGGCCUGUUUAAGACUUCUAUUAUCGUCCUCUGAUUUGAUUUUAUUAUACAGUGCCAGUGAUGAGUUCAUUCUCUAUGAUAAUUCUGUAUUUGUUUUGUUUCAGUUCCUGCUUUGCUAUCCACCUUAACAUUUCAAAAUGGGAUAAAGUUGAAGGUUUUUGCACAGUAUUUUUACCCAGUUAUUAGUGUUUGGUCUAUUGUGUUCUGUUUUAUCACCAAAUUAUGUUGUGUGGAACCUUUUUAGAUGGCUAAACAGUGUUAAAUACACAUUUUGUGUAAGACAGGAGCUGAAAUUAAAGUGACAUAAUAAGAUUAGAGAUGUGUUUUUUCUCCUUCAAUUAAAAGCUCACAGCAGACGAAAACAAAUGGAAGGAGAAAGGAGCAUGAGGUUGGAUGGAUUGCAUCACUGCCAAUAUACAUUAUAGAUAACAAGCAGAAAUACAAAAAAUCCCUGAUUAACUCCACAAUUUUUAUUAAAACUGAAGAAAAAACAGGUAUAAAGGCCUAACCUUUUUUGGUAUACAAAUAUUUGCUAUGUUAAUGACAUGACGACAUGUCACAGACUUUAUAAUUAAUGCUUACUAAAUGUAAAAAU